AUGGCACUCUCUUUUCAAAUCAUUACAGCUCUUCUCUUCAUUACCGUCGUCACUGUCUCCUCAUCACCUCCCGGCGGCUUCACCAUGGACCUAAUCCACCGUCGUUCUAAUUCAUCUUCUAGUACUGGUCGUCGCUCUAACACUUACGAUCAACUCCGAUCAUCUCCUUACGCCGACGUCAUCUAUGAUACUACCUCCGAAGUGUAUCUUAUGAAACUCCAAAUCGGUACACCUCCUGUCGAGAUCGAAGCACUCAUAGACACGGGAAGUGAUGUCAUAUGGACACAAUGUUUGCCUUGUCUUAACUGCUACGACCAACGCAAUCCAAUAUUCGACCCUUCCAAAUCUUCCACCUACGAAGCAGAAACAUAUUGCGACAACACACCUGACCAUUCUUGUGCUUAUGAUCUUGUCUACGGAGACCAAAGCUAUUCCAUAGGAAAGCUUGCUACCGAGACUGUCACGAUUAAAUCCACAUCUGGCCAGUCCUAUGUAAUGCCUAAAACCAUUAUUGGAUGUUCGCACAACAGCUCUGGGAAUGUAAGAUCCUUUUCGGGCAUUGUUGGUCUAAAUUUGGGGUCGUUAUCACUCGUCUCUCAGAUGGGCAUAGGUGAAAUUUCUUACUGUUUCUCCCCUGAGGAAAGAAGUAGUAAGUUACACUUUGGAAGUAAUGCUAUUGUGUCAGGAGAAGGGACUGUAUCGACCCCUAUGUUUAUUGACAAGGAGAAACCUUGGUUCUAUAACCUAAACCUAGACGCGGUCAGCGUCGAGAAGACUCGCAUUGAAACAUUGGGGACACCGUUCCACGCCGUAGACGGGAACAUGAUCGUAGACUCUGGAACCACUUUAACCUACUUGCCCGCGAGCUACUGCAGCCUAGUGAGAGAGGCAGUGGAAAAGGUUGUUAGAGCGGAACGAGUAACAUACGAGGACGACGAUUCGCUUUGCUACAAAACGGACACAAUGGAUAUCUUUCCAGUGAUCACAAUGCAUUUCAGUGGAGGUGCGGAUCUUGUUUUGGGUAAAAGCAAUACUUAUAUGGCAUUUAAUGGAGACGGCGCCAUUUGUCUAACUAUUGUAUGUGGUCGUCGUGCUAUUUUUGGUAACAAAGCACAGAACAACUUCUUGGUUGGUUAUGAUCCUUCUUCACGACUGGUUUCUUUUAAACCCACCUCCGAUUGUGGAAACAUAACAAUAGACGACCACUCAGUUUCUGCAGCAUCGCUUUUUCAGUUUAACAUUAACUUUGUUUUAUUUCUUUUUGUCCUUUCAUUAAUUAGUUAA